AUGAAGGUUUUUUUCUACCUCGCGUUCCUAGCAGUGACGAUCUCAUCGACAAAUGCUGCUGGCCAAGCGCUGGACCCGUGCGAUAAAAGGAACUGCGAGUCACACAAGGGUCGAGUCUGUAGCAACGGCAAUCAAACCUAUGCAACCCUUUGUGAUCUGACCUCUGUCAUGUGCAACCACCCUACGCGCGGCGUUUCACUGGCUUACGACGGCCCUUGUCGUCCUCAGAAGUCAGUUGAGGCUUGA